AUGCAAGCUCCUAUUAUGGCAGAAAGUGACGAGCUAAAUCAUCGUGAAAAAAUUCCAACCUUACCUCUCAGCUAUACCGACAGCUUCCCGCGCAUCACGAAAGAAACUCUUCUUGGUUGCAUAGAUCGCAAGCUGGAUCUGUGCUUCAAUCGUUUGAUCAUUGUUGACUGCCGUUUUAGGUACGAAUAUGAGGGAGGCCACAUUGAUGGCGCGAUUAGUCUUGCGCCACGAUUUGGAAGCAUCGUAGAUACAAAUUUCUUUGAUGAUUUGAUUCCCGGCAAGUCUGAUCAAGGGCGGACAUCCAUUUGCCUGUAUUGCGAAUUUUCGCAGUACCAACGAUGCGUCCCACAAGCAUACAUUCAAAUGACACAUCCUGUGCAUCAGCGUGUUUGUGAAGAAGAACUACAUCGUUUACGGGGAGCCACAAAACCUUCCAAAGUAUCGACAUUUCGGACGGCUGGGUGGGUUCAAGCUCCCUUUGAACACUAG